CCUAUUGUUCUAGGUUUGUCUAGAGAGAGGAUGGAGGGAGUUCAGUCCUGAACUAAAUGAAAGCUGGAACUUAUGGUGGAGGUCUUCUGGAUUUCCUGUAAGCCAUCAUCGAAGUUUAUACGCUUGGCAAUAUAUAAACCACAUUCCAAAAGGCUCAACGAUAUGUAGAAAAGAUAACCUAGUUAGAUAUUUAAGGUGCAUGAGGAAGGUGUAUGGAUCUAUAUACGACUUUAGUCCUCAUGGGUAUAAUUUGCCGCUGGAAUACACAAAGCUUGCUGCUGAAUGCAGCAGAGGUCGACCAGGAAGCGGCAAAGACGAUAAAUAUUUCGAGGACAAGCCGAUAUGGAUCUGCAAACCUGUUGCUCAAAGCCAAGGACGAGGUAUAUUCUUAUUUAGGAAACUUAGCGAAUUGAACUAUGAUACGAAUACAAUAGUACAACGAUAUAUCGAGAAGCCCCUGUUGAUAGGAGGCUACAAAUUCGAUCUGAGACUCUACGUUUGUAUUCCUUCAUAUCAUCCAGUGACAAUCUACAUGUACAGAGAAGGACUAGCCCGAUUUGGAACAGAUAAAUUCAGUUUAAGCGAUUUAAGGAACCCAUUUCGACACCUGACGAAUUGUUCUAUUAACAAAUUAGGACCUGGGUAUACGGAAAUGAAGGAUAGAAUAGGAUCAGGGUGCAAAUGGACACUCAGGCAACUGCGAAGAUAUUUCCAACAAGCUGGAAUAUCAGAUUGGCUGAUGUGGCAAAGAAUAACCUCUUUGGUUGUUUUGACUGUAUUGAGCCACGUCAGUCAGAUACCACCAACGGUUAACUGUUUUGAGUUCUUCGGAUUCGAUGUUCUCAUAGAUGCGUCCUUGAGGCCAUGGUUGCUAGAGGUUAAUCUAAGUCCAGCUCUGAGCAACGACUGUGAUGCAGACCGUUUAGUGAAGAAACCGAUGUUGCACGAUAUGUUUGACCUCCUUGGUCUACCCCUCUACAAUACCGGCCUUUCUGUGUUUGAUAUAUUUACUGAAGAGAAUAAUGAAAAUAAAAAUGACCAGAACUGCAAAAUGAGUCUAACAAACACGGUUUCAGUAGUAAAUGCUGCAGGAAGAUGGAGAAGAAAACACAAGAAAUCAGCUGUGACACGGAACCCGUCAGCUAUUAGGAGCAAAAGCCGGGUAAAUUCUGCAAACGUACAGAAAUCUUAUAUCAAUUUGCCAAAGGUCCAAGUAGAUAGCAAAAAUUUUGCUGCGCCGCAGUAUCUCGUGGGAACAAAGGUACCAGUAUACCAAAUUGUGGAAGAUGAUUUGAAGAAAAACGACUACAGGCCAUGGGGAAACGGUCGUGACUGGAAUCUUCCAACAGCACGAGAAGGUGGAUGGGUUAGAAUUUGGCCAUUCCAUCUCGAAACUACCAACCGAAAUCCGAAUAGUAAUAGUCAUGUGAAAAGUAUGGUGAGCAAGGUGACAAAAUUCACCAGGACAGCGAAGGAGCUGGCCAAUAAGCACCCUACGGCAUCAGAAGGACAGCUUAGCGAGUACUUGCUAGAAGAACUCUGCAUGACUGGAGACGUCUGGAUACCACCCGUUUGAGAAUACAUGUUCUUUUCUAUACUGCCAAACAAGCCUUCUAAUCUUUUGCUCUAAUAUGAUGUGCUGCCAAUAUGUAUUCUUCUAAAAGCACGUCGAGUCGUUUACGCAAAAGUUUUGCUCAAAAUUUCCCGGUAAGGUUCACGUAUGGACAGUCCAAAAAUUCCUCAUCAAUCCUUCUUUAACGUUAUGAUCAUUGACUGCAUGUGAUGUUCAUUGGACUCCGGGAUAAAUAAAAAUCAUUCUCCAUUAUACAGGGUGGCGCAUCGAAAACGAAACAGCCGCAUUUACUGGCAGCUCAAUUUUUUUUUGAAAAAACGCUCAGACCCGUCGAUUUUGUUUUCGAGUGGCCACAAGUUUGGCAAAAAAUCACGUUAGCACGUGCAGCCGCCUAAGCGGGGGUGACACCAUCCCCAAAAUCUUAAAUGGAAAGGGGGGUCGAGUGAUACCUCAUUUUAAAGGUCUUUCAAUUCCCUUUAUAAUGAUAUAAAAUUAAUGUAAAUUAAUGAAUUUUAUAAGGAUGAAACCUAUGAGCCUUUAGAAUCCGUUGGACAGUACGUCGACUAACACCACACACAGUCUCCAAUUUGCGGGUACUUAACGUAGGAUCUACAUAAACUUGCCCUAAAACCCUCACUUAUGUUGCUUCGUUCCUUAUGGGAUUUUCAAUGUUGCGUUUUUUAUUGGCGACUGACCCAGUUUCCCGAAAUUUAGCUACAAGUUCUGGAACCUAUUUUCGAUAUACGUUACUGUUGCAGAAGUGAAUUCUUUUAGUCUAAUUUUUUCUGAAAGUAGUACAAACUAAUCUGAUGGACCUAUUAAAGUCUACUUUAAGUUUUAAAUCAAUAAAUCUUCAAAACUACUGAACUGAAGCUCAUGUAUUUGACAUCACUAUAAAGGGAAUUGAAAGACCUUUAAAAUAAGGUAUCACUCGACCCCCUUUCCAUUUAAGAUUUUAGGGUUGGUGUCACCCCCGCCCAGGGGGCUGCACGUGCUAACGUGAUUUUUUGCCAAACUUGUGUCACCCUCGCAAACCAAAUCGACGGGUCUGAGCGAUUUUCCAAAAAAAAAGUCUCGUUUUCGAUGCGUCACCCUGUAUUUCAUCAUCAGAGAAAUUUUCAAUUUGUCGUUAUUGACAGUCAGUGUAGCUUACCGAUUUCAAUCACUAUAGGGAUUUCAUUCGGAUUAUUGCUUUGCUUGGACAUAAUUGUACGAUUUUUGUUUGAGCUUGUAGAAAAAACAUUUACAGAAACACAUUACAGAUUCACCUGUACAAUGUCCAAAAUGUACAGUGAAGGUUCUAGAAAACAUGUUGAUAACAAUAACUAAACGUUUGUCUACAAGUUUGAGCAGAUCAACUAAAAAAUAUUCUACUGUUUACAAUCGAUAUGUCACUGCCUUGAUUCUAUUUGAAAUAAACUCUUCAGAGCAUAA